ACAAUCUGACUGUAGCAUUACUGUGGCCACAGCGCUCACAGGCCAGAUGGCACGGUCAAGAGGACCACAGUAAGAUGUGGAAGAGAACUGAUCCUCAAGCCAAGAUCAAAGCAGGGGAUAGGCCUCAGACUUGCCAUUCUCUGGCUCUGGGACCGGCCACAGAGUCGGCACUGCCACACCCGCUAGAACUGUCAGAUUUUCAGAGCUUCUCGGUGUUUGAGGACAUUAGCCACCACAUCAAAGAUGCAGGAGCCCAACUGGUAAAGAAAGUGAAUGCCAUCUUUCAGCUGGACAUCACCAAAGACGGGAAGACCAUUCUGCAGUGGACCAUUGACCUCAAGAAUGGUUCAGGCGACACCUAUCUGGGAUCUGCACGGCUUCCGGCAGACACUGUCUUCAUCAUCCCUGACUCUGUCUUCAUGGAGUUAAUUGUGGGUAAGACGAACCCACAGAAGGCUUUCCUGGCUGGCAAGUUCAAAGUGAAAGGCAAAGUUCUCCUCAGCCAGAAGCUAGAGAGGAUCUUCAGAGACUGGGCUAAAUUUUAAGCAUGUAGGAAAGAGAGCCAGGAAAGGUCAAGACGUCUGGCUUAUUUAGAAUGUUGAGUCGCAGUCGUGCUUAAACUGAAGAUUAAAGGAAAAAAUAGCCAAUAUUUUUACUCAAAUUCUUCCUAUUCAAGUUAGAUUGAUUUCCUGCUGAUGUAUACAUUUGCUGGGUUCUGGGGCAGUAAAAAGUGUUGGAGUGCAACGCCUACCACCUUUGUCCUUUCAUUUUCUAAGCUGUGUUUAUAUCUUGAUGUGUUAAUGUGAGGGCCAU